AUGUCGAAUCUUUUUUACGGCUUAGACUCCAUGAAAUUUAGAAAAUUAGCAUACGAGUGUGCUGAACAGUUGAAGAUAUCUCAUAAUUUUAAUAAGGAACUUAAAUGUGCGGGACCAGACUGGCUUAAAGGAUUUUUGAAAAGAAAUACUAAUAUCAGUGUUCGCAAACCUGAGUCAACUAGUAUUAACAGAAUUGAGGGAUGUAAUAGAGUAGAAGUAGAAUUAUUUUCCAAAAAUCUUGAGGAACUAAUGAUAAAAAAUAAUGAUGCAGCGCACCAAAUAUUUAAUGUAGAUGAGACGGGAGUGUCUACAGUGCAGAAACCAGGAACAAUUUUAGCAAAAACAGGUCAAAAACGAGUUGGUACUGUCACUUCUUGGGAGAGAGGAAAGACAGUCACUGUUGUUUGUGCAAUGAGUGCUUCUGGCGUUUAUGUGCCUCCUAUGUUUAUAUAUCCGAGACAACGUCAUUCUCCUCUUUUAGAGAAAGAUGGUCCUCCGGAUAAUAAUAACAGCCACUCCACUUUAGAAGCAUAUGAAUUUUGCAAAGCUAACUACAUCAACAUGUUGUCUACACCACCACACUCCUCGCAUCGUUUGCAGCCUCUAGAUAUAACAUUUUUUGGUCCUCUAAAAAAAGCAUACAAUCGCGAAUGUGACCUAUAUUUCAAAUCAAAAAAUAUGAUUAAAAUCACAAUGUAUGAUAUGCACAUGCCCAAUAUUCAGGAUAAGCCUGAUUAG